AUGGAAUCUCUGUUGAUAAACCUCAAAGAACAAGUUACUUGUGCAAUCUGUCUGGAUAGUUUUACCGAUCCCAAGACAAUAACCUGCCUGCAUACAUUCUGCUGUGACUGUUUGAAGAAACACGCACUGAUCAGCCAAAGGGAUGGAAAGUUUCGCUGCCCCGAGUGUCAAGCUGAAGUCGAUCUUCCCGAAGCAAACUGUUUCGACAAACUAUCGUCCAGUUUUCAUCAUAAAAGGUUGCUCAGUCUUCUCGCUGUUCGACAGAGUGGCGAUGGGAACGAAAUCAGUUGUGGCAUUUGCAAGAAAAAGAGCGCAGAGAUAAGUUACUGCUUCGAAUGCGCUAAAUUCAUGUGCAGUGACUGUGUAAACGCGCAUCAACUGUUUAUAAACCUCACAGAAGGACACAAGGUGACGCCAGUCAAACAGUUCCAACCUCAAGACUACGAAGCCCUGAUGAAGAGGCAGUCAUUUUGCUCGCAGCAGUAUCACGAGCGAGAGAUUGUAAGAUUUUUCUGCCUCAAAUGCAAACUGUGUGUUUGCCAAAUUUGCAUCGCUACGGAUCACAAGUCACACGAGGGUCAUGACGUGGAACUACUGGAUAAAGUGGCGGACGGCGAGAAAGUCAACAUCCGAGAGAGAGCCGAAAAGUUAAAAGAAAUGACCAAACUUUACAGCGAUGCGAUUUUCAAGCUUGAACAAACAGAGCUUGAGCUGCAUACAAAUGCUGCUAAUGCCAAACAUGAAGUUUCCCAGACAGUGGAACAAAUCAUUGCCAAGAUUCGUAAAAGUGAACGCGAGAUUAUCACCCAUCUCGAGAACACGUGCGAGACUCGAUUGGAAAUGUUAAACUCGGCAAAGACACAAGUACAGUCCUUGCUAAAGCAGAUCAACCAAGCAGUCGAGUUUGCUGAACAACUUGUGCAAAAAAGCUCCAGUUCGGACAUAAUGCAAAGCAAACUAAAACUACAGCAGCGUUACAACGAACUUGAAAACGCUCCCAUCCCGGAACUUCCUGCCAAUUCCUUUGUGAAGUAUUUUCCGAAUUUGGAACUAGAAAAAUUAAGCGUUGGUUUUGCAGCAACACGUGAACCGAUCAUCAAGGGACUGAAUCAAGAUAUCCAAGCUGGUGUAGAAUCAGAGUUCGAUGUUAACCCCAGAAUCCCUAAAGAACAAGCGCAAGGAGUUAAAUGCAAAUUCCAAUGUGAGGUGCUCGUGGAACCCGCUGAGAAGGUAGGAAGUUUGAGAACGUACGAGAAUGAAGAUGCUACACUAGUGAACUUUGUACCUAAAGUUCCUGGUACUUUUAACAUCACAGUCAAAAUAAAUGGGAAAGUUCUUUCAACCAACACUGUCCAGGUGAAACAACGGCUCAUUCAGGUUGUGGGAGAGUUGGAAUUAAAAAAAGAAACUUCUGAAAAUCUGAGAGGGUUGGCUGUCAACAGCAAAGGACAAAUUGCUGUUGUUGACAGCGAAAGAAACUGUGUUUUCAUAAUUGACACGGAAGGAAACUGUCUAAGAAAAGUAGGUUGUCGUGGAAAGAAGGACGGAGAGCUAAGCGGUCCAGAGGACGUUUUUUACCUUAAUGAUGAUAACAUUCUUGUGGCGGAUGAAGUAAAUCAUCGCAUUCAACAAUUUAAUGUUCAAACUGGAAACUUUGUGAAAAGCUUUGGAAAGAAAGGGAAAAGGGGUGGUGAGUUUCACAAUCCUGUCAGUGUUUGUGUGGAUGAUGAAGGUCGUGUUAUCGUGGCUGACUACCAUAACACCAGAGUCCAAGUUUUAUCACGGGAUGGUGAACCUUUGUUUAAAUUUGGAGACAGUGGACCAGAAAAACUAAGCCAACCCAGGUCGUGUAUUUACCAUGAGAACAAGUUCAUUGUUUCUGACCGGGCUAAUAAUUGCUUGAAAGUGUUUGAUAAUACUGGCAAGCUGUGGUACAAGAUAGGAAAAGAAGGCGAGGGUGAUGGGCAGUUGAAAUCCCCUAAAGGACUGUGUUUACAGAAAUGUCGCAAACACCAUAAUCUUCUUGUUUGCAAUUUCGACAGUGUUAAUCAGUUUACAUUGGAUGGUUGUUUCACUGGAAAAACUACUGAUAAGUUUAAAACGGGUCCCUCAAGAAUAACUACAACACCGGAUGGUCUAAUUUUAGUUUCGGACUGGAAGGCCAAUAAAAUAUAUAUUCUAAAUUAGUACGUAAAAAACUGUCGAAGAGAAGCCAGCCGAAACCGAAAGGGAAAACACUGAGAUGAACUCACUAAAAAGCUACGUCGUAAAUAUAGAAUACUUCGUAGAAAGUUCUGAGCUGCGGAAUGUUCGCAGUUUUUCGACAUGAUAAUACGAGUGGAAAUUAAAAAUACCGCGGGCGUUAGUUACAGAGUUGCAGUGGACAGAGUUGUAAAGUAGAAAAUGCAUCUCAUUAAGUCUAGCCAAGAAGAUGCAUUUGUCCACUCUAAAACGCUGUUUGUUAAGUCGAAAAUCAUCUGUACACUGUUCACUUCACUUAAAUUUUUGCAACUGACAUGGAAAGUAUAGAUAUCUUCAAGUUAUACACGGUACUUUUCCACUUUAGCAUGCAACACGUACACGGAACCACCAUACAGGCCACCGCAACUAUGAAGGAUUUAACAAAUGCAAAUUAUCUUUCAGAGCUGACACAUCUUUAUCAAUAGAUGACUCUAGACUUGUACACAUCUCUCAGUUAUAAAAAAAAAUCCUGCCAGCGAGACUUUGAAUAAAAUAAACAACUGUGUGAGCCUACGAAGUGUUUUAGUGAGCUUUUCCAUAUGUACUCUAAAUAAAAACUGCCAUCAUAAUAUUUAUCUGAUACAGCUAAAAUAUUUCAAUUAGUACCAACUUACAGGCUAUUUUACCAUUCUACACUACAGUGUAUGAACAGAAAGGCUCAAAUGUCUGGAGUAAUUCAAAAUAACCCUGUUCAUGUAAUACGAAUGAUAGAGUGAUUUUACUUAACCCGUGGUAGAAGAAUACUAAGCCUAUUGUCUUCUUUUGUAUAUUUGUAGCUAUUUUAGAAUUGCGGCCAGCAUCGAAUCGUCUUAUUGUUGAUCUCACUUGAGGCAACAUGCAUAGGCUGUAUAGUUACUUCAAUUGCAAAUCCUCGUUACACAUCCCCUUUCGCUGCGGUAGUUAAGACCAAUUAGAAAAGACAAUAGGACUGGCCCCCAAUAACAGGUGCAGUGGAGGACAAUCAAACGAACUUGUAUUUGAAUAAAUAACCGCAGAGAACAAUCACUUGUCCGCCAGCUUUACAUGAAGAUAUCUGGGUUUUACUUGAACUUUCAAAAUAUUAUUGAGUAUUCAGUCUUUAUUUAUUCUGCGAUUUUCUUCUCUGUGCAGGUGACCUUCCCUGUGCUCUUGCUGUUGUUUGGGCUCCUUGUGUUUGUUGAGUUACUUUAACAGUACCUAAGGGUUUGCCUUGAAUCUGUAAGAGUGCCGGAAAAAAGAGUACAUAUCAGUAAAAUUAUCUCUUUUAAGGUAAUUCAGUCUGAUUUUUACAAACCCCUGCGGGAAAUUGGCGGAAAAGGAGAAAUAUCAAACUUAGUAUUUUAGACGACAAAUACUCGAUGCAUACCAACAGAAGGGUUGUCAAAGGUUACAAAAGGUUUAUUAUGGAAAGUCAUUAUAACAAUUUAUUACAAGUCUAGUCACCGGCCGUCCACUUUCUCUUUAGAGAUAGCCGAGCGCGGCGGAAUUAUUCGCUACGGUCUGGAGAACAGACUAGUAUUUCCAUACCAAAGCUAGUAAAGUUCGCUAGGUUGGGUAGGUUUUGGUGAUGUGAAGCUAACCUUCCUUGAUCUAAUACUUUAAGUCUGAAGGUUAAAGCAGAUUUCAUGGAAUCCCGUUCAUUUUGAACCUCGUAUAUAGAGAAAAGGAAAUUCGUCCAAAUUAUCCAAAUUAAACGGAGUUGAGGAGAGGGAAAAACGUGUUUAACUGGAAAAGUGAAGUUAGUUUAGGUUCAAUAUAUUGAAAGGUUCUGUUCAAGAAAGCGAGGGUUCGAGAAGUCACGGGGGUUGGGAAAUAAGGGUAUACGACUGAGCGGUUAAGUCUGAAAGUACUUCACAAGAUGAGUUCUCUUAUUUGAUUCAUCCCACCGAAAAAUGAAGGUAUCGACCGUUCGACAUUAGCAGUCCCCUUGUCGGUUGACUUACCUGUUGUAGGCCUUGAACGACUUGAGCCUGUUGAGUGUGAAUCUGAACCGGUGUAGUAGCACCUCUUGGUGAUUGUACAAUGGUCUGUUGAAUCUGGGCGGGGCCACUUUGUUGUGGGAACUGAACCAUUCGAACUUGGAACUGAGGCUGUUGGAGCUGUGUUCCGAUUGGUACCAGAGGCUGCAGGUUUGUUGUAGUGCGAUUUACAGUUGAUGUUAGAGCAGCUAUGGCAGUUGGUGAAGAUCCGGUUGCUAACAAACAAAAAAAAACUUCAGCUUUUGAAAGCCAGCAAAUUCACCUUCCUGACACAGUUGGUAAAAUGGGAGAAAAUAUUCUUUUAAUUCCGUGCCCCUCCCCUCCCCCCACCUGUUCCUUUCAACACGACCCGUCUUUUCUCCAAGUAGCUGAAGGAAGCUGGAAUUCAAGACAACAACCUCCUCUUACGAUUCACUAGUCUCCUAGGUAGCGAGAAACGUUUGCGAAGGAGCAUGGUGUGAAGACACAACUAACUAAUUGGAGGUCUCAUGGCUUACCUGCGCUGAUUUUCCUUUGCUUUUGUUGUUGCUGUGGUAAUAUAGGCCUCGUGUUUAGUGUCACAGUAGUCAUCCCUGAGGGAGGGGAGAGUGGGGUGUUUGGCAGUAUUGGCGUUGGUUGCCCAGUGGGGGUACCUUGAGGAGAGGUUUUUGUUUGGAUCUGUGCACUUAUCGUAGCGCCACCUGCCGAUUGUAUGUGGGUUAUUGGCACCAAGUUACCUGGAAUCUGUUAAAAAGGACAGCAUCCGUCAGGCAAGUUCAAUGCAUUCUUACAUUACUUUAUUUGAGACUGUGGAAAAAUUCUACGGUGCAACAAACAAUGAACUAACGAUGCAUCGUGCGAUAGUUUUCAAUCAACAUCUUCCAGCCCUCUUUUCUCGCUAAAAGAGGCACAUCGUUUCCUCAACUGUGGACUAGUAACGAAUACAUUUUCAGUGGACGCUCGCUUAACAAAGGCCUAGGGACUCGAGAGAUGAGUUACGAGACAUGUGAGUCCGCAGGCGAGAAGACAACAGAACUAGACCAAGAUAACAGAAAAAAUGGGGGGAGGAGCAAACAAGAGUCACUAAAAAAGGGGGGUUGGAUCAACUCCUGCCCGCUCCCCCACGAGGGGCUUCGACGGCGCAUGAAUCCAAUCCUCCCCGCCCUAUCUAGUGUUUAAUCAUACACAGAAGGCCACUUCCAGGUAAGAAACCAAAACUCAUACCUAAAAUAAAGCUCUCGCUAGUAAUUAGCCAGAAUUAAGGCCAGUGUAACCGAGCGAGCACUGGGAAUAGUAGAAUUUCUCCAUGAUUAAUAGUUUCUGAUUCUAGUCGCAGACGUCAGUAUCGCGAUAGUAUCGAAAUAAUAGUAGUCCUAAUAUAGCAAUACUAUUGGGAUAGUAUUUAAGCUAUCAUGAUACUAUUAUAAUAGUCAAAGUGAGCUUAAUAGUCAACCCUAUUUGUUCCCCUAGUCGUUUUGCUUACGACGUCCUAAUUUCGCAAGUCAUACCUAAGUUAUUUACCGUGCAAGUUGUAGAUGGUGAUCUUGCUUGACACACUAUCUGUGCUUGUUGAGUUUGUACGGUUGAGGUACCCUGCACACACAAACAAACAUAAGUUGGGGCUUAGUUAAAGCAUCCAUCAUCCCACUUACUAAAGAGUAGUCAUUCAUUUUUGCAUAGAGUCAGACGGUGGGUUCGAUAAUUUGCUAUGAGGGACUGUUGGAUCAUUGUAUGGUUCUGGGAAACUACCCAGCUACCCCUCCGUUAAGCCAACAUUACUUACUUCUGACUUAGGGCAAAAUGUUGGCUUAGGGGAGGGGUAGGUGGGCAGUUUCCCAGACUGAACGUAAUAUCAGGAUUCGGACUGUUUUGGGAAACAAAUUUUGACCAAGUUGCCUGUGAAACUUCCAAAAAAAAAAAAGUCGAUAGCAUUCCUGAAAUAGUCUCGUAUUUCAGUUCAUUUACCGUAUAAUUCAAGCAGUGUCAACCUUUUUUUGUGCGAAGGCGGUGUGAACAGUAUUUGAUAAACUCUGCAGGAGGAAGCCAAGGUCGUGAAAUUUUCUUGUUGCUUAGUUACUGCUCUCGUGUUUUCUUCUUAAAGGUGGAUCUCCUUUGACAGAUGACCAGUUACGAGAAUGUUUUAAAAAGUCGGUGAGAAGAGGCAAAGAAGUCAGAGAUCUAAUCCAGACAGCUUGUGAUGACAUUGAUACAUAAUUAUACCUGUGGAGAAUGUAUUUUAAAGAAAAUAUUAAACUGAAUGAGGAAAAACGUGAAACAUUUCGUACUAACUAUUCUGCAGUUUUACUAUUUUUUUAAUUCAAAAUUGCCUACUCUUAUCAGUGUAAUUCCAAGAUCCCUCCUCAAAAAGUUUCGCUGGUUUUUAAAGGAGUUACCUGGUUAGGGAAGCUACAUUUUAAUUUAUGAUGGGGAUGUUUGAUUUGUUUGUUUGUUUUUGAAACGAAACUAUGUUUUUUGCCCUCUCCUCUCUCAUUCUCGAAUAAGACGUACAACGCGUGACCCUUCCCAAAUCUCUAAAUCCGUCUUUCGUUCUCCUAAAUUUGAUUCUGAAAAUAAAACCUUACUUUAUAAACUUCCUCUUCAGGGCUGAAAAACAGAUUGUUUAAGAGUUAUGCUAGAAACAUUGAAGUACUAAACUAGGUUUGUGUUUGCACGACUCCACCCCAUUCCUCUCGCUCGAUUUCUCGUCUUCGCUGCUGGGCGAUCCAAGUUUACUGCCAAAACUGAGCUUAGAGUGGAAUAGCCGCUGACUACAUGUUACUACAUGCAAAAGAAACAAACAAACACACAAACACAAUCAAAGAAUGAGAAACAUUACUAACAAACGUUAUUAGGAAAAUGCACAGAGGUUCUACUUCACUGCCUCGCGUUUGAAAUGAUAAGUGACAGCCAACCUCAGAUUUUUGUCACACAGGUUGGCGUUUAAUUCUUCUUUACUGAAACGCUCAAAGUUUCUCCACCCUCAAAGUAAUAUACCAAAAAAAAAAUCCAUUAAAAACGCGCACUUCUAUAGCAAGAUUUUAUAUUUGUCUUUUGUCUUAAUGUCAAUAUUCCCAGCUAAACAAUGCGGGAAAAAACCCUCCUUAACUUCCGCAUCUAAGGUCAGAGGGUAGAUUAUUCCAAAUCUAGUUGGAUGCCUGUGGGUAUUAAGCAAAAUGUUUUGUGACGCUAUAAAUGGUUCAAGUUUCCCGGAAUCUCAAAGAACAAGAAAGGACGUGCCGCUGUUGAGCAAUCUCUCACAAUGGAAUCUCUGUUGAUAAACCUCAAAGAACAGGUUACUUGUGCAAUCUGUCUGGAUAGUUUUACCGAUCCCAAGACAAUAACCUGCCUGCAUACAUUCUGCUGUGAGUGUUUGAAGAAACACGCACUGAUCAGCCAAAAGAAUGGAAAGUUUCGUUGCCCCGAGUGUCAAGCUGAAAUUGAUCUUCCCGAAGCAAACUGUUUCGACAAACUAUCGUCCAGUUUUCAUCAUAACAGGUUGCUCAGUCUUCUCGCUGUUCGACAGAGCGGCGAUGGCAACGAAAUCAGUUGUGGCAUUUGCAAGAAAAAGAGCGGAGAGAUAAGUUACUGCUUCGAAUGCGCUAAAUUCAUGUGCAGUGACUGUGUAAACUUACAUCAACUACUUAAAAACCUCACAGAAGGACACAAGGUGACUCCAGUCAAACAGUUCCAACCUCAAGACUACGAAGCCCUUAUGAAGAGGCAGUCAUUUUGCUCGCAGCAGUAUCACGAGCGAGAGAUUGUAAGAUUUUUCUGCCUCAAAUGUAAACUGUGUGUUUGCCAAAUUUGCAUCGCUACGGAUCACAAGUCACACGAGGGCCAUGGUGUGGAACUACUGGAUAAAGUGGCGGAUGGCGAGAAAGUCAACAUCCUAGAGAGAGCCGAAAAGUUAAAAGAAAAGACCAAACUUUACAGCGAUGCGAUUUUCAAGCUUGAACAAACAGAGCUUGAGCUGCAUACAAAUGCUGCUAAUGUUAAACAUGAAGUUUCCCAGACAGUGGAACAAAUCAUUGCCAAGAUUCGUGAAAGUGAAAGCGAGAUCAUCACCCAUCUCGAGAACACGCGCGCGUCUCGAUCGGAAUUGUUAAACUCGACAAAGACACAAGUACAGUCCUUGCUAAAGCAGAUCAACCAAGCAGUCGAGUUUGCUGAACAACUCGUGCAAAAAAGCUCCAGUUCGGACAUAAUUCAAAGCAAAGCAAAACUACAGCAGCGAUACAAUGACCUUGAAAACGCUCCCAUCCCAGAACUUCCGGUCAGUUCCUUUGUGAAGUUCUUCCCGAAUUUGGAACUAGAAAAAUUUAGCGUUGGUUUUGUAGCUACAAGUGAACCGAUCAUCAAGGGACUGAAUCAAGAUAUCCAAGCUGGUGUAGAAUCAGAGUUCGAAGUUAACCCCAGAAUCCCUAAAGAACAAGCGCAAGGCAGAGUUAAAUGCAAAUUCCAAUGUGAGGUGCUCGUGGAACCCGCUGAGAAGGUAGGAAGUUUGAAAAUCCACGAGAAUGAAGAUGCUACACUGCUGAAGUUUGUACCUAAAGUUCCUGGUACUUUAAACAUCACAGUCAAAAUAAAUGGGAAGGUUCUUUUAACCAAGACUGUCCAGGUGAAGCAACGGCUCGUUCAGGUUUUGGGAGAAUUGGAAUUAAAAAAAGAAACUUUUGAACAACCAAGGGGGUUGGCUGUAAACAGCAAAGGGCAAGUUGCUGUUGUUGACAGCAGAAAACACUGUGUUCUAAUAAUUGACAUGGAAGGAAACUGUAUAAGAAAAGUAGGUUGCCAUGGAAACAAGGACGGACAGCUAAACCGUCCAGAGGACGUUACCUACCUUAAUGAUGAUAACAUUCUUGUGGCGGAUGAAUUAAAUCAUCGCAUUCAACAAUUUAAUGUUCAAACUGGAAACUUUGUGAAAGGCUUUGGAAAGAAAGGGAUAAGAGACGGGGAGUUUCAGAGUCCACUCAGUGUUUGUGUGGAUGAUGAAGGACGCGUUAUCGUGGCUGACUGCCGUAACCAUAGAGUCCAAGUUUUAUCACGGGAUGGUGAACCUUUGUUUAAAUUUGGAGACAGUGGGCCAGAAAAACUUAACCACCCCUGUGAAUGUAUUUACCAUGAGAAAAAGUUCAUUGUUUCUGACUAUGAUAAUAAUUCCGUGAAAUUUUACGAUAAUACUGGAAAUUUUUUGUAUAAGAUAAGAAAACCACGUCAGGAUGAUGAACAGUUGCUGGGUCCAUGUGGACUGUGUGUCCAGAAAUGUGUCGAUCACCAUAAUCUUCUUGUAUGUGACAGAAACAAUGGUCAUGUUUAUCAGUUUACAUUGGAUGGUUGUUUUACUGGAAAAACUGAUCAUAAGUUUAAAGGUCUCACAACAAUAACUACAACACCGGAUGGCCUUAUUUUAGCUUCGGACUGGAAGGCCAAUAAAAUAUAUAUUCUAAAAUAG